AUAGAAUAUUUAUCAGGGUGCUAUAUGUUAUGUAAACUGAAAGCUUGCUGGAGUGGGGGGGAGCCACAAAGUUUUACGAAACAGACUCUUUGAAUUCGUUGCGUUGUAGUACGACGAUGUGUUCUGUUACAAAUAUAUAUGUAUUUUUGUGACAUUCGCCUUUGGCCGUGCCUUUACACGAACAAAAUCAUAGAAACUGUUAUUUACAGGAAACCGUGAUACUGAAAGAAGAGUCUGUACUGACAGUUUACGUCUGUUUCAAGGGCAUUAUCUUGUGGACCUUUUAGACAUGCUGCAGUCAUUCAAGCUUUUCUUCAACUGUAACCUGGUGCGAUCACGCUCCUACUCUGGAUAUUAUGUCUCUCGAGUGAGGUACCUUAAGAGAUUAAAGGAGGACGAUGAGGCAUGUCGAGAGGCACUGAAGUCUGGGAUCUUUCUACUGUAUCAUAAGCUUUCUCCUCUACUGCGAGAGACCAGCAGUGGCAUUUACACAUUGGCUUCUCUAAAAACCUCAGAUUUGGAACACAUACUGGAGAAGGUUGGAAAGGACAAACACUUUGUUAACGAAUCUUUUCUUCUGGGAUGCACUGACAAGGGUGAACCCCAAUUCUCACUGGAAGUAGGUGAUAUAGACCGCAGUGCAUUGGAGCAGGAGUGUAGAGGUAUGUUUGUGGACCUCAGGAAAGCUUUCUUCAUGUUACCUGGACCAGAGUCUCCUCUUGCGGCCAAAGGACAAGCUCUCCUUCGAUGGCACCAGACUAAUUGCUUUUGCAGUGCCACUGGGCAGCCUACCAUCAGGAACCAAUCAGGAAGUUUCAGAGUUUGCCACAGCAGUGGCAUCACCUACUACCCCAAAAUGGCACCUGUUGUGAUCGUGCUGGUGUCUGAUGGGAGCAGAUGUUUGCUGGCGCGCCAGACCAUGUUUCCUCUAGGCAUGUACAGCGCGCUCUCUGGCUUCUGUGACAUGGGAGAGUCAGUGGAGGAGACCCUGCACAGAGAGGUGGCAGAAGAGGUGGGUCUAGAGGUAAAGAACAUUCAGUACUCUGGAUCACAGCACUGGCCAUUCCCACAAAGCUCCUUUAUGUUAGCCUGCCACGCAACUGUAAACCCAGACAAAACGCAGGUGAAUAUUGACAAGGCAGAACUUGAGGAUGCUCGCUGGUUCACUUAUGAAGAAAUAACAGAAGCACUACGGAAACCGCCACUUGACCCCAGAAGAGAGCCACCUGUGUUCUGGGUCCCGCCUUCUUAUGCCAUAGCCAAUCAGCUCAUUCAAGAAUGGGCCAAUCAGCAACAACUAUCAAGAAAAUUACAUGGACUUAAGUAAUCAUGUAUCUAAUAUGCAUUAUGUUACCACUAAUUUAAGAACUUGAAGAUAAAAUAGACAUGAAAACCU